AAGAAGCGCGUGCCACCGUAUCUCCUCCUCCAAUAAGACCUCAGACAAAUCAACUGAAUCAGGACAUUAACAUCUCUCUGUGUCUCUCUCUGUCUCUCUCUUUUAGCCGUUGAGUUUCUGUUUCCACUCCAUUUCGUGUUUGUUUUAAUCUAAAACCCUAGAAUUCUCCUCCAUUGACCGCUGCUCUUAACGUUUUCGCUCUAUCUCUGUCGACCAUUCGAAACAAAAGCAAAUCCCCGAUUCCCCAACUGCUCCGUACUAUGUCUUUCAAUCGGUCCCUAACACCAUGAGCGACUCUCAGAGCCCCACCUCAUCCUCCUUUGACUCCGCUUCCGGCUCCGCCGCCGAUCAGACUUCCAUUUACCAUGCUGGUAUUGCAAAAGGCUGUGAAGAUGGUUUGGAGUCUUCCAAAAGUUAUGAGAGUAGCAUAUGCAUUCAUGCUUGUCAUGCUUCUAUGGAUGGGAUUAUGGUCUUUUGGAGCAGCUGGUGUCGUGGCUUCAAGCAUGGGUGAUGGUCAACGCUGGUGGCUUCUUGUGGUUUUAUCUGUAAGCUUAUUCUGGACAGGUGCAGUCCUCUGUAAUACUGUACAUGUUAUAGUAUCUGGGAUGGUGUUUCUUGUUCUUAUCCAUGGUGGUCAUGAAGCAUCAUCACUACCUUCGAAUUCCUUGAUGAAGUCUUUACGAUAUGCUGUGACAACAUCUUUUGGAAGCAUUUGCUAUGGAUCACUCUUUACAGCUGCUAUUCGGACACUACGGUGGGAGAUUAGGGGAGUUCGGUCAAAGAUUGGCAACAAUGAGUGUUUACUUUGCUGUGUUGAUUUCCUAUUUCAUCUUGUGGAGACACUAGUUCGUUUUUUCAACAAGUAUGCCUAUGUUCAGAUUGCUGUUUGUGGCAAAAGCUUUAACCAUUCAGCAAGGGAUGCCUGGGAGUUAUUCCAGUCAACUGGAGUUGAAGCUCUUGUUGCCUAUGAUUGUUCAGGUGCAGUUCUGCUAAUGGGAACUCUUUUGGGUGGGCUUGUUACUGGAACUUGCUCAGGAGUUUGGACCUGGAUUAAAUGGAGGGACAAAAUGAGCAUGGUGGGGUCCACUGCAAUGUUGAUGGGAAUGGUCUUGGUGGGAGUGGCAAUGGUCGUGGUUGAAAGUGCCGUUACAUCGAUAUACAUCUGUUAUGCAGAAGAUCCAUUGUUAAUUCAUAGAUGGGAUUCUGAAUUUUUUGACCAGAUGUCAGAGAUGCUACACCAACGUCUUCAGCAUAGGAGCGCACGAGCAAGGGAAGUAUUAACUCACAAUCGGUUUGAUGGCCACAUUCAAGAAAUGCUACAUGUUUGAAAAACAACCUGUGUUUACAAAAUGCAUAAUGUAAUUCAACUCUCUUCAAUUUAUUAAUUUAAAUAUAAGUCAACUAAAUGAAGAUUGUUCAAACAUUAUUUUCCUGUAACAUUGCCACAAAUCCAAAUUGGGUGAGGCAUGUGCCUGUGGGAACGAUAUGGUUUGUGUAGUGUGGUGGAAGGAUCUUGUUUGGGUUUAGUUUCAGUUGAAACUGGACUCAUUGGGGUUGAGACACGUGUCUCAUUGCAAUUGAGGAAUUUUUUCUUCUUCUUCA